GAAAUGCUGCUUCAUUGUCUAUUGUUGGCUAUAAAUAAAAAAGCGCUGUCUAUGUCGCACUCAUUAAGCCACAAACACAAACAACACUUUCAAAAUGCAAUCAACCUCAGGCGGGUCUGGAUCCGGGUUCGAAUCCGAAACCCUUAUCCGCUCUUGCACGGAGCGCCUCUCACGCCGCGACUUCACCGGCGCCCGCGAGUUCGCCCACCGGAUCAAUAAGUCUGACCCGGACAUCUCCCUCCGGGUCAACCAGAUCCUCGCUGUCGCCGACGUCCUCAGCGCCGCCCAGCCCCGCCCCGGGAGCUGCCACCCUGACUGGCCCGCCAUUCUCCAGCUCCGCCCCGCCGACGCCUCCAACCGUGACCUCGCGCGUCGGCAGUUCAAGUCACUCGUCCGCCUCCUUGACCAGAACGCCAACAAGCUCCCCUUCGCUGACGACGCGCUCAUGCGCGUGCGCGAAGCCUGGCUCGUCCUCUCCAACAUACACCGCAACGGCGCCGACGAUAAAGGUCCGUCGCAGGAUCGUGCUGGCGACGCGCCAAGGGAGAGCGUGGCGACUACGUUCUGGACCAUGUGCCCUUACUGCUGGUAUCUGCAUGAGUACGAGAGGAAGUAUGAGGGUUGCGCCUUCCGGUGUGAGACUUGCCGGCGGGCGUUUCACGGUGUGGCUGUGAAGCCGCCUUCGCCGGAGAGGAUGGUGAACGGGAAAGAGCAGUACUACUGUUACAAUGUGAGCUUGCCGUUGAGGUACCCAAUGGGGGACGAACGGCGCCGUUUUGACACUGAUGAUGGAAUUAGGGAUUGGUGUGAAAGUGGGGUUCUUGAGAGGAAUGGAAUGAAAGGAUUUCAGGGAAAUGGGAAGAGAAGAAUGAGAAUAAAAACUACGGCAAUGAGGGUAAAAAUGAAGUCUUUUGAUCCCAUAAAUAACUCUGGUUUGGAUGCAGAAGAAGAGGUGUUGUAGUUUUGCAUAUGUUUAAGAAGAAUGCACUUUCAUGUUUUCGUUGCAAUGAUGUGGAUAUUGAGAUGAAGGUUAAUACUUUGCUGUUUCCUUUUGUUGGGAACGUUGUAGCAUGGUGUAAGCAGUGUAGAAUGUAGUAGUUGACUUAUUUAUUUUUUUACUGUGAGCUUGAUCUAUCUGUUGGGGAGAGGAGCGUGCAUUGCUUAUAGUAUACAGUAUUUUUCUGCAAUGCCGCAACAAAAUGUAAUUUUUGUGCAUAUUAUUAUGAAUGAAAUGGUUUAGGUCU